GACACACACACACACACACACACACACACACACACACACACACACACUGCUCUCUCACACACAUUCAUCUCUGAGUCCACACACACUGUCAGAGUCCUGUAGCGUGCAGGCAUCGUCCACCGGCAUCUGUUAAACAGGGACUUUACGUCUACGGCAGCGGUUUUGUUCCGGUGGACCGAGGUGCAGCAGACGAUGUCCGACAUCCAGUUGUCGAUGGGGUCCAGGUCCAAUGGAGCCUCCAAGCACCAGUCCGCAGGUUCGGGCCAACAGCGGCACGCCGCCACCGUCAGCUUCCACAACAUUUACUACAAAGUGACUCAGGGAGGAAACUGUCUCUGCCGGAAGAAGGCCACGACCAAGGACAUCCUCGUCGACCUCAAUGGGAUCAUGAAGCCGGGACUGAACGCCAUCAUGGGAGCGACGGGCAGCGGCAAGUCCUCGUUCCUGGACGUCCUGGCGGCGAGGAAGGACCCCGCCGGCCUGACGGGAGAGGUGCUGAUCGACGGCGCUCCGCAGCCGCCCAACUUCAAGUGUCUGUCUGGAUACGUGGUGCAGGACGACGUGGUGAUGGGAACUCUGACGGUCAGGGAGAACUUCAGCUUCUCGGCGGCGCUGCGUCUGCCGUCGAGCGUCUCCGUGGCGGAGAAGGAGCAGAAGGUCAACACGCUGAUCCAGGAGCUGGGACUGAGCCGAGUGGCCGACUCCAGGGUGGGCACCCAGCUGAUCCGUGGGAUCUCCGGCGGCGAGAGGAAGCGGACGAACAUCGGCAUGGAGCUGAUCAUCGACCCGCCCGUCCUCUUCCUGGACGAGCCCACGACCGGCCUCGACGCCAGCACCGCCAACUCUGUGCUGCUGCUGCUCAAGAGGAUGGGGAACCACGGCCGCACCAUCAUCCUGUCCAUCCACCAGCCUCGCUACUCCAUCUACCGCCUGUUCGACAGCCUCACCCUGCUGGUCACCGGCAAACAGGUUUUCCACGGACCCGCGCAGAGCGCGCUGGACUAUUUCUCAGACAUCGGAUACACCUGUGAGCCGCACAACAACCCCGCCGACUUCUUCCUGGACGUCAUCAACGGGGACUCGACCGCAGUCGCCGGCAACGACGCCGACAAAGAUCCAGAUUCGGUGUCCAAGUCCAGACGAGGCAUCGAGGACAAGCUGGUGGAGGAAUACAGGAGCUGCCACUUCUACAAACAGACCAAAGCCGAGCUCGAAAGGAUCGUUCAGGCGAAGCCGACGAGCGGCACCACCACUCGCUCCGGCAGAACCAUCACCUACAACACCGGCUUCCUGACGCAGUUCAAGUGGGUUUCCAAGAGAACGUUUCGCAACCUCAUGCUCAACCCUCAGACCGGCGUCGCUCAGGUGGCGGUCACCUUGUUCCUCGCUCUGGUCGUAGGAGCCAUCUUCUACGACGUCCAGGACAAUCAGAGCGGGAUGCAGAACAGGUUUGGAGCGCUCUUCUUCGUCACGGUGAAUCAGUGUUUCAGCUCGCUCUCCGCCGCUGAACUCUUCAUCUCCGAGAGGAAACUCUUCAUUCACGAGUACAUCAGCGGUUACUACAGACUGUCCGUCUACUUCCUGUGUAAAGUCCUGUCCGACAUCAUCACACUGAGGACCAUACCCGCCCUCGUCUUCAGCUGCGUGGCGUACUUCUUGAUCGGUCUGAAGCCCACGGUUGAGGCCUUCUUCCUCUUCAUGUUCACCGUCAUGCUGGUGGCCUACACCGCCACCUCCAUGGCCUUGGCCAUCUCCGCCGACCAGACGGUGGUGGCCAUCGCCAACAUCUUCAUGACCAUCGCCUGCGUCUUCAUGAUGAUCUUCGCAGGUUUGCUGGUGAACCUCACCUCCAUCGCCAGCUGGCUCGCCUGGUUAAAAUACUUCAGUAUACCAAGAUAUGGCCUCAGCGCUUUGCAGGCUAACGAAUUUACUGGUCUGUACUUCUGUCACGGGCUGAAUGACAGCAUCAUUCCACCUGGACUUGCUUGCACAGGGGAGGAGUUUCUGACGGAGCAGGGCGUGGACUACUCCCCCUGGGGCUUCUGGCAGAACCACGUGGCCCUGGGCGUCAUGACCAUCUGCUUCCUCACCAUCACCUACUUAAAACUGCGCUUCAUCAGGAAGUUCUCCUAGACGCAGACCCGUGACUGGAAACUGAAUUUUGUUGUUGUUGUUGUUUUCUGAAACUUUGCCAAGUUUGCUCUUUUUGAUUCAUGUGAAAAAAUGAGAACCAGGAAUCUUCCAGAGCUCCAGAUCAUUUCUUUGUGAAAUUAUAGUUCUUCUUUUUUUUUAUAUUGAUAAGUUAUUCACUCCACACUAACCACGCGAAACUGCUCUUGUGUUAACUGCACUUUAUAAAGUUCUGAGUCAAAGAUGUAAUUUUUUCCCCACACAAAUACAAGAAUUUUAUAAUUGAA